AUGGCGGACAACGAGCCUUCCUCAGGCGCGUGCAUCAGCGACUACACCACCACCUCGGACGCCGGCGAGAUCGCAGCAGAGCGCCUCUUUGGCAGCCUCAAGACGCAGUUGACCUGGAACCCCGAUUCACAAGCGAUGCGCAUCAACGUGCGGCAGCUGGCCGAGACGCAGCGAGGCGUCGAGGUCAAGUACAAAGGAAGCCUGCACACAGGCACCGGCGAUUACAGGUACCGAGCCCAGCUGCGCAAGGCCUUCUUCACCAACACGCCCUCCAUAGCGCGCAUCAUGGCCGCAGACAAGGGCAUCGCGAUCAAGGGCGACGACGAGCAGCGCCGGCAGCUGGACGGACGCAGGGUGCUGCCGGCGGGCGCGGCGGGGCUGCUGUGGCGCGACUGGUGCAUCUCCCCAGGGAUCGCACUCAGCAGCGAGAAGGAUGCCGGGUUCACCUACACGCUCGGCUUCAGGAAGCAGCCGCAGGUGACGGGCCCGCCCGUCGUGAUCGUGAAGCGAUCUGGGGCCUGGGACAGCUGGCUGGCCUACAAAGGUACACUGGAGUUCAACCCGACGACGCAGCAGGAUUUGGCGAGACGCCAGCUGCGGCAGGCACCUGACCCUGCGCAGCAGCCAGGGCCGCCGCUGCCAGCCGCCAAGUCCGUGUCCCCGCAGCAUACUGAACUGGGGCCGGUUUUUUCAAACGGCGAGCGCGUCAUGCAAACUCUGCGUGUGCAGGUGGGGGCGUUUGGCAACGCGCGGCUGAAGCUGUUCAGGAUCGGUUUCACCAGCACGCAGGACGCGCGGCUGAGCCUUGGAUGGAAUUGGCGGGUCGCGCCGGCGGCCGCCGCGGGCGCAGGCGAGAUCGACGCGGGCGGGGACGAGAUCUCUGCGGGCCCCGUCACUUUCAGCCGGCCUUGGACGGCGCCGCGCGGCGGGUCGCCGCAGGGCGCGCCGGGCUGA